AUGGAGCCGCUGCAAGUCGCUAUGCACCGCAAUGGCGCCGUCACCAAGACUCGACGCGGCCUACGAGUCACCAGGGAAAAGCAUCAGGGGACAUCCUUUGUCAACGCAACCACGGUCGCAAGAGUCACAGGAAAUUCACACCUGCCUUCUACAAAGAUCAAAUUUGUACUGGAGAAGCCGCAGAAACCCCGACAGGCGCCAAGACCGGUGACUGAGGCUGACCUGAGCCGUGUGCAAGGGGGUGAGAACCGAAGAAUUGCGCCCAGAACGAGUUCAAGGAACCAAGACAAGGACGUAUCGGAAAAGCCUUAUUCGACGAUUCCAUAUCAGUCUGUCGCUAGCAGAGUUUCCAAGGAAUCGCUCUCUUUCCCAUUGACCAAAGCAUGGCGUCAACUGAACGAGGCGGGCGCUUGUUACAUCCCAUCACCUUCUGGCAUUCCCCUACCAGACUGGGUCUUGCAUGGGCUUCCUGCAGAAAUCCCCGACGAAGGACGAAAAUGCUUCCACGCAUAUCUCUUUUCGUGUCCCAUAAGGCAUUACCCAUUUGAACAGCUGCAAGUCGUUUCGUGGCAACCGCUGUCCAUGGAUCAGAGUCGCUUUGAGCGACUGAUGUUAGAGCCAUUGAUGCUCAACUGUACUUUGACAAUGGGGGCCCUGUUCCUCCUGCUCAAAUCUGGGACAAGGGAGUCAGCAGGGUUUUCGAUGCAUUCGGCAAAACUGUGCGCCUUGGUCAACAAACUGUUGGGAGACGAGAAACAGACCAUCGGCAAAACAGUGGUCGUAAUUCAGUCUAUUGCGAGCUUGGCUAUUUUGGCAACAUUUCUUGGGUUGUACGACCAUUGGUUGGCCCAUCUAAACGGCCUCAAGCUGUUGGUCCAGGCAGCGGGCGGCUUACAGGUCCUCCCACUACCAGUUCAAAUACUCGUAAAAAAGUGA